CAGAGUUCUCGGGGUUUCGCUUUAGUAUGAUGGGUGUCAACGCGGAAGGUUCAACGAAUGGAGGAGGUUAUGUAGGUGGAUUCUUUCAGCUACUCGACUGGACUGCAAAAUCGCGGAAGAAGUUAUUCUCGAGCAAGUCGGAUUUUCCAGAGUGUUCGAAACAGGAAAAGAGAAGUGAUGGGAACGUACCGAUGACACAUAUUCAUCUGAAGGAUGAGGAUGAAACGGGAGCCAGGAUGAGUUUCAAAGGAAGUAGUGAUUAUAGUUGUGCUUCUUCGGUUAGGGAUGACGAUAUGUAUGGACCAAAGGCCCCGAAUGUAGUGGCUCAACUAAUGGGAUUAGAUUCAUUACCUACAUCGUCUGAACGGUACUCCACCCUGUUUUUCGAAACUCAAUCUCUUCGAGAUGCUCAUUUCCAAAACAGAAACCUUAAUUAUCAUCAUGAUGAGCAAAUAGUUUAUCCAUAUGAUCCAUUCAACAAGAUCAAGGGUGGCCCUGUGAGAAACUUUGCAGAUUCGAAGCCUCGGAAAAUGGUCAGCAAUCCUAUAGAGAAAUUCCGAACCGAAAGUUUGCCUCCUAAGGCUGCUAAAACAAUUCCAAUUACACACCAUAAGCUUUUGUCCCCGAUAAAGAGUCCGGGGUUUUUUCCUACUGAGGAUGCUGCUCAUAUAAUGGAAGCAGCUGCUAGAAUUCUCGAGCCUAGUCCCCAUGUCAUCGCUAGAGCCAAAAUGCCACCGGUUGGAUCGUCCUCAGUGCCCGUAAAAGUUCGUGAUUUCAAAGAAAAAUGGAGGCUGCGCAAAGAAAGCCUCCAGUUCAAUCUUCUUCUGUGCCUGUGAAAGUGAGAGACUUAAAAGAGAAGUCUGA